UCCUGCUGCUGCAUCAUCUCACCUGAGCAGCUGCAGCCGAAAGUCCGUCCGGUUUUCGUCUGAUUUUAGGACAAACACGGGAUUUUUCACAGAUAUUUUGAAAAACGCGAGGAAAAAACUGUGAAACCGGAUCGAACUCAUCAGUGGCAGAAAAUCGGGAUUAUUUUUUUUUUUUACUGCUGAAAGUUCACGCUGUCACAGAAUCAGCAGGUCACAGUUAUGACCCUUCAGUCAGGGAUGAUGAUGAUGAUGAUGAUGGCGAGUCUCGCGCUCCUGGCGUGUUCUCGCAGCGCGGACGCGCGCGUGAGGCUCAACUCCAUCAGAACCGUGAUCCUGAAGGAGGGGCACGCGCUGCCGGUGAACCGGAGCAUGUGGGAGCCGAGUCUGGAUCUAACACUGUACCAGUGCAUGAGCGACCUGGAGUGCAGUGAGGGCAGCUAUUGCCACGCCCCCUCCAAACGCCCCACCCACUCCCGCUGCCAGACCUGCCGCAAGAGGAAAAGGCGUUGCCAUAGGGACGGCAUGUGUUGCCCGGGAAACCAGUGCAGCAACAACAUCUGCGUCGCUGACGGAGCAGCGUUCGUGUCGCAGAAGAUUCCAGACUCUGACGGAAGUUUGAGUCUAAAAAAGAAAGGAUGGAAGAAAAGAGGUCGAGUGGACGUCAAAGGCGUGAGCGGAAAAGGUCAGGUCGGGGACCCGUGUCUCCGCUCCUCAGACUGUUUGGACAGUCUGUGCUGCGCUCGUCACUUCUGGACCCGCAUCUGUAAGCCCGUGUUGCGAGAGGGACAGGUUUGCACGCGACACCGCCGUAAGGGAAACCACGGCCUGGAGCUGUUCCAGCGCUGCCCGUGCGCCGACGGCCUGAGCUGCCAGACGCUGCGAGAGCAGGAGAAAGCCCCGCCCCCCUCCUCCUCUGCACCGUCGUCUUCUCUCCUGGCGGCGGCAGCAAAGUCCAAGUUUGCGUCCCCCCCGUCGCUGCUGUCUCGCCACGCGUCGCCUCGCGCGGCCCCGGCGUCGCCAGCGGCGGCAAAGACGAGGCUUCACGUGUGCCAGAAGAACUGAACGUGAAGAAAGAAAGAAAAGGAAAAGAAAGUCGGUCACAGGUUCGACUCCCUGAGGGAGGGAGAGGCAGACGCAGCGUGAAUCACCAUACCUGUUCACACCUGUAGGAGGCCCCGCCCACUGUCUCUAUGCUAAUGAGCUUCCUGUCAGUCUGCAUUCACACACACGUGAAACUCGCGUCCAGUUUCCUCCUCCCCCUCCUCCUGCUCCUCCUCUUCCUCGUCUAGACGAACUGAAACUCGCUGAAUCCGGUUUGACGCCUUUGACACUGACAGGAAACCAGAGCGGGUCGACCCCCCGUCCACGCAGAGACCCCCCGGGGCUCGGACUCCCGUGCUGUUAUUGCACUGCUGUUACUCUGAGAGUUAUUUUUCUAUAUAUUGUGUACGAAUGUGGCUGCGAUUGUUUGUUUGUUUGUUUGUUUGUUUGUUUGUUUACUUCCAUGACUUUUGAGACGGAAUCUUGUCAAACUGUGUUAUGGAUUAAAAACAUUUGUCAUUUA